AUGGCUAGUCAUAUGGGGAGGGCAACAAGCUCUGGCAUUGCUUACCCGGAGAGGUUUUACGCCGCCGCAUCGCACGGAUCUCAGUCGUCGGUGAAACAAGUCGGCUCCAAUGAUACUGCUUUGCUUCUCUAUGCGCUGCACCAGCAGGCUACUGUAGGACCUUGCAGCAUCCCAAAACCUAGUGCAUGGAAUUCAGUAGAGCAAAGCAAAUGGAAAAGUUGGCAGGGGCUUGGAAACAUGCCCUCCAUUGAGGCAAUGCGUCUCUUUGUCAAAAUUCUUGAGGAAGAAGAUCCUGGUUGGUAUCCAAUGGCUUCUAACUCUGUUCCAGAGCCUGCUGUAUAUGUCCAAGUUAAUAGCACAAAGGCCCAGCCUAUCUUUGGAAAUGGAGCCUCAUUUGGUGAGACAAAGACGAUUUCUACUGAUGAUUGGCGCUUGACGGAAACCCAAGAUAAAGAUGUUGUCUUGGAAGACCCAAAUACUGUUUCUGUGUAUAACCAGUGGACUGCACCACUAACACCAGGUCAGCCCCCAAAAGCUCGGUAUGAGCAUGGAGCAGCGGUUAUUCAAGUUAAGAUGUAUAUGUAUGGUGGAAGCCACAACGGGCGUUAUCUAGGUGAUCUUCAUGUUCUGGAUUUAAAAAACUGGACUUGGUCAAGAGUUGAAACCAAGGUUGCGACUGACUCACAGGAAAGAUCAACUCCAGCAAUACUAACCCCUUGUGCUGGUCAUUCUUUGAUACCAUGGGACAACAAGCUUCUGUGUGUCGGUGGUCAUACAAAGGAUCCCUCAGAAUCCAUGACAGUGAAGGUCUUUGAUCUGCUCACCUGCACAUGGUCAAUCUUAAAGACAUACGGGAAACCACCGGUUUCGCNUGGAGGCCAGUCAGCGACUCUUGUGGGAAAAAGCUUGGUGAUAUUUGGCGGCCAGGAUGCAAAGAAAUCACUUCUGAACGAUUUGCAUAUACUUGAUCUAGAUACCAUGACCUGGGAUGAAAUAGAUGCCGUGGGCUCUCCUCCAUCUCCAAGGUCUGAUCAUGCUGCUGCAGUUCACGCUGAGCGUUACCUUCUUAUCUUUGGUGGAGGAUCACAUACAACUUGUUUUGAUGAUCUGCUCGUCUUUGAUCUGCAAACUGAGGAAUGGUCAAGACAUACACAACAAGGUGACGCACCAACUCCACGUGCUGGACACGCUGGUGUGACAGUUGGGGAGAACUGGUUUAUUGUUGGUAGUGGAGAUAACAAGAGUGGGGCAUCUGAGACUGUUGUACUAAACAUGUCAACCCUUGCGUGGUCAGUAGUCACUUCAGUCCAAGGACGUGUAGCUCUUGCUAGUGAGGGAUUGAGUUUAGUUGUGAGCUCAUACAAUGGCGAAAACGUAAUAGUCGCUUUUGGUGGAUACAAUGGGCAUUACAACAACGAGGUGAAUGUUCUUAGACCAAGCCACAAAUCAAGCUUGAAAUCAAAGAUUAUGGAAGCUUCUCCUGUGCCUAUUAGUGUUUCUGCUGUUAAUAACGCCACGGCCAGAGAGAUUGAGUCUGAGAUCGAGAUACUAAAUCCCGACGUUGAAGGAAAAAGCGGACGCAUUAUCACAACUCUUAAAUCCGAGAAGGAAGAACUGGAGGCAUCACUCAGCAAGGAGAUGAUAAAAAUUCUCCAACUAAAGGAAGAUUCAGCAGAGACAGAAAUGCGAAAUACAGAGUUGUACAAGGAACUUCAAUCUGUGCGAAGUCAACUUGCAAUGGAACAAUCAAGGUGUUUUAAACUAGAGGUUGAAGUUGCAGAGCUACGACAAAAGCUUCAAACAAUGGAGGCAGUUAAAAAGGAAGUCGAACUCCUCCACCACUGUCAAAGAGAAGAAGCCGCCAUGAACGGCAAUAGACAGAGCUCUGGUGGCGUCUGGGGUUGGCUCGCUGGAACUCCUCCGCAAAAAACAUGA